CAAAACAACCAUAGAGAUAAUAGGAAAGGAGAGACAAUACAGCGUAAUAAUUAUUAUUGCUUAGUUUUUGGUAUUGGUGCUUUCGUAAUUUUUUUCUUCUUUUACAUUCUUUUAUUCUGCAGAAAUAAUUUUUUAAUGAGUGGUUAAGAUAUUAAAAGGAAAGCUGUUAAAUCAAAUCUAUGCUGCCUUCCUAUAUUUUUCAUAACUAACUUAACUUCAAAUUACUUGUUGUCUAGCCUAGGGUAGGGUAGGCCUAGGCCUAUAGGAAAUGUCUUGAUUACAUCCUACCCAACAUUACCUUAUGAAAAAAAUAAUAACGGUAUUAAAACAAUGUGGAAGUGUCAUAAGUGUGGAAAACCUGUAUACUUUGCUGAGAGGAAACAGUCUUUGGGCUAUGAUUGGCACCCGGAAUGUCUGCGUUGUGAAGAAUGUGGUAAACGAUUGAAUCCAGGACAGCAUGCAGAGCAUAAAGGAGUGCCUUACUGCCAUGUCCCGUGCUAUGGGGCUCUAUUUGGACCUCAACUGUUCGGCCAUGGGACUAGAGUUGAAUCCCACACAAGUUUUGGAAAAGUUGAAAAUAAAUCUGCCGCGCCUAAUAUGCCCAGAUCUCACUUGGAGUCUAAAUUAAAGAUCUUUAAUCAAUUUUAUGAUGGCAAAAGCAGUGAAAUCCGUAGCAGAGAGGUAAAUGGACGUCUUGUAUUGGAGGGAGCUCUUCGGAUCCACUGGGGAGUGAUCGGGGUGAUUCACCUCAAGGAAGAUGAUGACCAGCGCACAGUGGUCACUAUAAGGAAGCGGAACUCUUGUCGAAGUAGUGUAUUUAAUGUAAAGACUGAUGAGGUAUCAGUGGACGUGAAGCACAUAGAUAGCACAGACAGUGAGAGCGGUGUGGUGGUGAAUGAGGACGGCGCUAGUGAGGAGUUGACUAAUGGAGCGGCCACUAGUGUGGAGCAGACCAAUGGAGUGGCCACUAGUGUGGAGCAGACUAAUGGAGUGGCCACUAGUGUGGAGCAGCAGCAGCAGACUAAUGGAGUAUUCAGUAGUGAGGUGGAUGGAGGAGUGUCUAGACCUAGCCUCACUCUGCCCUCUAAACUGGACCUCAAGACCAUAGACUGGGAUGAGCUGGAUGAGCUGUUACAAGUGGAGCGUAAAGUAGACGAUGGCCAGAAGCUGUAUCAGACGAUGCCAGCGAGUGUGUUGACAACGUUGUCAUGCACUCCCCCUCCCUCUCCGUCAGACCAGGAUGAAUACUCUCAGACAUUUGAGGACACUGUGGAGGAGGAGCGUGCUGCGGGAGUAAACCGCUCAGAGAGUGUGCCGGAGUCGUUUGAACUGAGCAGUGAAGAGGAUGAGGCAGUGGGUAACAGUGAGGGGUCAGUGGUGAGACGCAGAGUUGGCUCUACAGCUAUCAAGCGACGUGCAGGCCACCGACGCUCUCGCAAUGCCAAGUUGAGGCGCAGGUGUUCUAUCAAUGGCCACUUCUACAAUAGAGAGACGAGUUUCUUCACACCUCCAUUUGGCAGUCAGAUGUCAGUGUGGGUGACGUCCUUAGUGUCCACACAAGAAGUGAUCAAUCUCAUGCUCGACAAGUACAAGGUUGACAGCAACCCUGCCAACUUCGCACUCUUUGUCGUUAGGGAUAAUGGAGAGCAACGGAGACUCCAAGAUGACGAGUAUCCUCUGUUAGUGAGAGUCAUGCUGGGGCCUCAUGAGGAUGUAUCCAAGUUGUACCUCAUGGAUCGACACAACACCGAUGAAAUCAGUAAUGAGGUUGCCCAGUUUCUUAAUCUCACCUCUACCGAGCUACGUGCUAUUCUGGAAAGAUAUUCAUAUGAAGAGGAGAGGGAAGUUCGGAGAAUUAAAGCCAAGUAUAAGGAAAUGCGGAAACGUAUGAAGCAACGAAUGGAACAGUUGAAAGUCAGGUUAUGAUUAAAAUCCAUCUCUACUGAUGUAUACUAAAAUAAGUAGUAACUAGGUUAACAAAUUUUAAGUACUGGAGCAAUAAAGUAGAUAGUUUUAAAUAAUCAAUAAGAAUGGUUAGAUAAGGUAAGAAAACCAUCUUACAUCACAUAUUGAAGGUCUAAGGGGAAAAAGAAUUCUUCAUAAACUUCUUAAUUCAUGAAUUUGGCACUAAUUUUAUUAUUUUGAUUAGAACAAAAACUUGAUCUUGGAGCUCUCAUAACAACCCUUUGUUACUUCUAAAUAUUUGGUAUUUUGUUUGUUAUUGGAUUCAAAUGUGUUUAAAUUGUCUAAUUACUGUAUCAAAGGUAACAUUUACACUUUGAGUACUUUAUAGACACAUAAGUGUUAAUAUUCAUUAAAAAUAUAAUAGAUAGUUUUAAAACUGUCAUUCAGUUGCAUAGAUUCUUUGAAGGACGACUUUCUGAUAAAAACUCUGCAUGAAAGAAGAUUAUCUUGUCAGUUAGACAUUUAAAGGACAAAUAAAACCCUUGAAUAUAAUAUACAAACAUGUUUACUGUAUUGGAAUGUUUGUCGCUUUUUGUUUAGUUAGGGAAUAGACAUUAGAAAAUAAAUAACUUCUUGAUCAGCAUUGUAUGUGUUAUUAUAUUUACGGAAAGUAAAUAAAAGAAACGUCACAUAAAACAUAUAUUUACGCUUAUACUGUUACUCACAAAAUGGUAAAUGUUGAUUCCACUAAUUUUAGUAAUAAAAGUUCACAUUUUGUAUAAGAAAAUAGAAGGUAAGUUUUUAUUAAAUCACAAUCUGUAAGUAAACAUAAACAAUUCAAUAAGUAAACAAAAUAAUAAUUUGAACACAUGUUAGAAAUAAAAUGUAAAUAAAACAUAUGUUAACACCUCCUCCUCUAUUUACUGUGCUGCGGCACUUUACGAAGAAUCAGCUGGUCAACAUGUCUUCUUAGUCCAUCUUCCAGCUGAACUACGUUCAUUACAUGUCCUUGCUUUUGAGUUAUAUGGCCCAAAUACCACUUGGACGAACCAUUGACAUAUUCCCGUGCUUGCACUUUAUCUCCAACUUUGAAAUUCCUUUUUAUACCGACUUGGACUCCCUUCUUCUGAUAUUUGUUCGGUUCUAAUGUUGGAACAAUUAUUGCGAGGUUUGUUCGUACACUCCUUCCAAACAUUAGGUGAUAUGCUGAUGUACCUGUUGAAUUCGGGGAUUGCCUGAGUUGCAUUAAAAGUCUUUGGAUUUUAUUUUGCAGUGUACCCUUUUCUCCCUCCAUGGAUUUUAGCGCCUUCUUGACAGUCUGCACGUACCUUUCAGCCUGGCCAUUUGAGUUUGGAUGGUAUGGUGCCGUUGUUCUGUGAAUAAUCCCACAUUCAUUCAUGAAGUUUUUGAACUCUUGAGAAACAAACUGUCUUCCAUUAUCUGAAACUAAGAUGUGAGGAAACCCAAAAGUUGAGAAGAUUUUCUGUAAUUCUUGGACUGUCCAUGUACUUGUAGUUGUUUUCGUCUGUAUCACAUCCACCCACUUACUAAAGGCAUCCACUAAUAUCAGGUACUGUUGGCCAUCUGUUGGUCCUAAGAAAUCAAUGUGCACCCUCUCCCAUGGAUUAGAAGGUUGUUCCCAUGGAUGGAUAGUUUUUCUCGGGUUGUUGCAUUUUUCAAUGCAUUGUCGACAUUCAGUUACCAUAUCUUCAAUAUCCUUGUCUAUACUUUUCCACCAUCAAAAACUGCGAGCUAAAGCCUUCAUUUUUAUUCCUCCUAAAUGAGCUACGUGUAGUUCUCGAAGCACAUGAGGUCUGAGAGAUUGAGGUAUCAUGACUCUCCAGCCCUUCAGUACACAAUCAUCUUGAAUGGACAGCUCGUUAUCGUGAAAUCCGUAUUGUUCAACAGAUUGUCCCGAUUUCAAGGCCUGUAGGACUGGACCCAAAACAGCAUCGUUGAGAGUUUCCUUAGCUACCACGGUACUGUUGAUAUUGAGUGUUUCCAGUUGAUUUAUGUAGUACUUCGAGAGGUCGUCUACAGAAUGUUCUUGUACAACUUCGAUAGGGAAUCGAGAGAGAUAAUCUGCAUUGCAAUGAUGAGCCGUUUGUCUGUACUCUAUGUCAUAGUCGAACCCGGAGAGAAAGUGAGCAUAGUUGAAUAUCCGUGAUUGUUGGUAAGGUCUUUGCUGGAUUAAAAAUUGACACCAGCGGUUUGUGAUCAGUGAUCAAAGUAAAUUUGCGGCCAUAACAAAACGGGUAAAACUUUUUCAGGCCCCAAUAUAUUCCCAAGGCUUCCUUAUCGAUUUGAGAGUAUUUUUGUUCUGAUUUUGAUAAAGAUCGAGAGGCGAAGGCAAUUGGCCUGUCUGUUCCAUCCCUAUAGCGGUGCGAAAGAACGGCUCCUACACCUACCGGCGAAACAUCAGUAGCUAAGACCAGUGGCAAGCUAGGAUCAAAGUGUACCAACACGUCAUCACUUGUAAUAAUUUCUUUAAUCUUCAGAAAACUCUGUUCACAAGCAGAGCUCCAUGUAAAAGUGUUUCCUUUUCGUAGCAGCCGAUUCAAAGGAUGUAGCAGUGUAGCCAAAUUCUUUAUGAAUUCGUUGUAAUAAUUCGCAAGGCCUAGGAAAGUUCGGAGUUCAGUUACGUUCUCUGGUCUUUUACAUUUUAAAAUACUCUGUAUUUUAGCAUCUGACUUGUGUAGUCCUUUGCUAUCAAUCACAUGACCUAAGUACUCAAUUUUGUUCUGGAAAAACUUACACUUCUCUCUAUUUAACCUCAAAUCAUUUAACUUCAAUCGUUCAAACACCUGUUCCAGUCGGCGAAGAAGCUGUUCCCUGUUAGAUCCUUGGACAAUUACGUCGUCAAAGAAACAUUGUACGCCUUCUAAGUUAUGUAAUGUUUUGUCCAUGAAUCUUUGCCAUAACAAGGGUGCCACUUUUACUCCAAACAUUAAUCUGUUCACUUUAAACAGCCCUUUAUGAGUACUGAUCGUUUGCAUGGUGGCACUGUCUUCGUCCAUCUCCAUGUGCAAGUAUGCGUUACUGAUAUCAAGAGUACAAAAUAUCUUUCCACAAUGCAUCUUUGGCAUGAUAUCAUCAAUCCGAGGUAUAGGGUAAUGUUCGUCUUUAAUAACUUUGUUCAAAGUCACCUUGUAGUCAGCACAUAUUCUGACUGAACCAUUGGGUUUGACAACCGGCACAAUGGGUGUACCCCAAUCGGAUGAUUCGACACGAGUGAUUAUACUCAAAGUCUCCAGUCUUUCAAGUUCCUUCUCUACUUUUUCUUGUAAUGCAUAUGGCAUGUGUCUAGGUUUGAUGUAAAUUGGCUGGGUUUCGUCUUUUACAUU